AUGAAAAAACAAGUGACAUUUGCAGAACGUCAGACUGUCCACAGGCUCCAUCAGGAUGAAGCUUUUCCAAGGACCAUUGGGAUAAAUGAAUCACAGAUGGCACUGAAAGAUGCAGCUGUGAACGUCAACAGUGGUUUGAAAAUCAACAGAUCACCAACUGCGAGCUGUGAACCACAACACCAACAUGGUACAACCAUACAAAUCCCCAAAACUAUGACCGCCGCCCCAUUUCUGAAGCAUGCAGCGCUCACACCAGCUCAGAGAGAGUAUCUGUACACCGUCGCAGCUUCUUACAGCGGUGCACACGUGCGGAACCUCAUCACCCAACACUACAUGAACGUGCUGCACAGGUGCAUACGAGCAGGAGACAAGCCGGAUGGACAGGAAAUUGUUGUGUCUUCUGUAAACCUACCAGGAACUCAUAAGAGCGAUAAACAUUCCUCAGAAGUCCUUUCCCCGGUGAAAAACAAGGAAAAGAUUCAAUCCUAUCUACCAAAAAUCUCAAACAGACAAGCCAGGAUUUCCAACAUAUCAGCAACAAAACAAAGAAAAAUGAAGAAACGUACAACAGUAACAUCGCCCACACAGAGAGGGAAAAGUCCAAGAAGAGCCAGGAUCAGGCUGCUGGAGGAGGAAAAGAAGACGGAGGGAGAGGAGGAGGAGGAGGAGGAGGAGUAUGACGAUUCUCUGAGUGAAUGUUUGAGUUCACUCUCUCUGGGAGAAUGGGAUGACGACGCUUUCUCAUAUUCAUAAAGGACAUUUCUAAUCCAGACUUUCUUUAUUGGUUUUUUCUUUCUUUACAAACAGUCAGGAUCUCAGUUCUUACAAAAGACAAUGGUUCCAAAACAAGCUUAAGAUCCAGUUAUUAUGGACAUAUCAGCCCAGAUGUAACCACCCACCCUGAACUACACACAUUCAAUCCAUUCAUACUCACGACAUACAUGUGCAAGGCACAGGUUACAAACAAGGGAAUAAAGGACAUUUCUGCUGAGAUCUCAUUUAUUUUUUCAGUAUUCCUGCUGCCUCAUGUGGUUCUGCACGUUGGCGCCCUCCAGUGGCAGCAAGGAAGAUUUUUUUAAGACUUAAUUUCUGGGAAAUCACGUGCUCAUUUCUGGUAUUUGUGCAGCUGAACGAUGAACACUUGUUCCACGUGUUCACAUGGCUUUGGAGAGAUGACAACCACAUUUAUUUUUAUUGACAAUUUACUACUACUUAUUAUUAUUACUACAUUAACUACAGUUACAGUUUCUAUGUACUGCAUAGUAUCAGUGGUGUAACAAGUAUUCAGAUCCUUUACUGCAGUAAAAGUACUAAUACCACACUGUGAAAAUACUCCACUA